UCUGUGGCCCACAGCUAUUUCUUCUGUUAUAUCUUGACUACGUCGAGGUCGCUCGUUGCUGUCUGAUAAAACCGGAUUGUCCGUCACUUUCAACAAAUUCUCAAUCCAGGAAUCUAAGGUGAUGCUUCACCAUCAUCGGUUAGGGGGGAAAGAAAGCGUAAAGGACGGAACCAGGCUUUCAGUUUCCUAAUUUGAGACUCUUUCCAGCAGGACAAUGUCCUCUCUUUUUUCUUCUUUUUUGGACUUGAAGUAGAUGAAGUCCUCCGAGUCUCAUGUAAUUUGGAACCGUUUAUAAAAAGCAACUUUUAUGUUUCCACCGAUGAAAGAAAGCGUCUCGGAGCCCUUUUCCACUUCUGGCGGAACUUCGAGCUGACUUUUUUUUUUUUUUUUUAAUGAAUAGGCAUGGCCACUUUUUCUCCUUAGCUCUAUGUAAAGCGUGAUAUAUAAAUAUACAGUAUAUAUAUUUUUCCCCACGUCCAUCUCUUGGCUUCCAGUGGUGCAAGUUGUGGGACACACGAGCGCGCGUUUGCGCAUCGACUUUGGCGUCAAUGGAUCGUCACUUCAGUUUGAUUUCGAUUUGGCUCCAACUGGAACUCUGUGCCAUGGCCGUUCUUCUCACGAAAGGAGAAAUAAGGUGUUACUGUGAUGCGCCGCACUGCGUGGCCACAGGCUACAUGUGCAAGUCUGAGCUGAACGCCUGCUUCACCAAGCUGUUGGACCCUCUCAGCUCAAACUCUCCCCUCACACAUGGGUGUUUGGACCCCAUCGCCAACGCCGACGACAUCUGCAGCAACCAGAGGGGCUCAGACGCCCUCUCCGGUGCCGCCACGUUGGACUGUUGCCACGACGACAUGUGUAACUACAGAGGCCUGCAUGACCUGGCGCACACAAGGGACUCCACAGAUCAUAGCCGGUACCAGCCGGAGAUCAACAACAGAAACUUGGUGACGCGGGUGCAGGAGCUAGCCUCAGCCAAGGAGGUGUGGUUCCGAGCGGCGGUGAUCGCCGUGCCCAUUGCGGGUGGCCUCAUACUGGUGCUGCUCAUCAUGUUGGCGCUGCGUAUGCUGCGCAGCGAGAACAAGCGGCUGCAGGACCAGCGGCAACAGAUGCUGUCGCGGCUUCACUACAGCUUCCACGGCCACCACACCAAGAAAGGCCACGUGGCCAAGCUUGACCUGGAGUGCAUGGUGCCCGUCACGGGUCACGAGAACUGCUGUCUGACUUGUGAUAAGAUGAGGCAGACGGACCUCAGCAACGAUAAGAUACUGUCCCUUGUCCACUGGGGGAUGUACAGCGGCCACGGCAAGCUGGAGUUUGUAUGACUUCCUGUCCAGGCGCACCCCUCAAGUGUUGCAAACUUGUUUUUUUUUUGGACUCUGGAAAAAAAACAUUCCCAUAUUUUUCUCCCGUUGGACCGUUGGGUCUGUGUUUUCAUUUAUUUUUACCAGUGGCAAAAAAAUACGAGACUGAUCUCAUGCCGUGUGGUUUUUGCUUGAGGAGCACUUUACUUGAAAAAUGAAAAGGCAAAGCAGCGAGGAGCCGUGUUUAAAACCCAAGAGGGCGGGACCGUGAGGUGGAGUGAGAGCACCCAAACAUCUUGGACUUGUACACUGAGCGCUGAAGGAUUCCACACCGAAUUUUGCACAUUUGGAUAAAGGAAAAAAAAAAAAAAGCUGUUGCUUAAAAAACGAAAAAAACAACUUUUACACUGACACCAGGGUACAAGGACUUGUUUGAGGAGUUAAAUUGACUGCAGGUGUGCAUACUCCUCUGUGUACAUUCAAGCUUAUUGUAAAGAUUUUUG